GGAAGCUACGAACAGAAUUGUUCUGUCGUUGCCAAUGUCUCUCUCUCUCUCUCUAGUAUAAUAGUAUUUCAAAACGUUGGGGUCUCUUGUGUUUGGUUCCAGAUUUUGUGAAUUUGAUGGUUGAUGCUGCAUUUUUAAUGGGAUGGGAGCUCAGAAGAGCAUCCAUGCUGGCAAAGCCAAGAUUGAUGUUAAUGUUGAUUUCACUCACAAGCUCUGUGCUUCUUUGAUGUUUCCUACCCUCAGGAGUUAUGAAAAUCCUCUUAGACUGGUCAUUGGGAGUCUCUGCAUCAAGCACCCAAACUUAUUUGGUGGAAGUGAGAAGCUUGAUGUUUCAUGGGACAAGGGUUUAUAUGAUUCAAAUAUCUUAGUCGCUUAUAGAAGGCCGCGUCCAGAAUGGCUUGCUCAGCAGUCUUUUGUAUUGCAGCAUUCUCUUUCACCUGAGAUUGCAGUUCAUGGUAUCCCUAUAAACAAUUUCUCCCGAUCUGGAAGUGGAGGUGUAAAUUUAUCUAAAUUAUCAGUGGGGCUGGACCUGAAGGAACCUAUGAGUACAAAAUGGAGCAGCACAACCAGCAUAAAAUUCGAGCAUGUUCGUCCAUUGAAUGAUGAUGGUCGUGCUAUAAGUAGAGAUUAUGAUGGAUUUCCUCUGACUUGCAGUGGCAGUACACAUGACAGUAUGGUAGUGUUAAAGCAAGAAUCUCGAUUUGCCAAGGCAAAUGACCGUAGCUUUUUUCAUUUUAAUCUUCAAAUAGAACAAGGUAUUCCAGUUCUUUCCAAGUGGAUACUUUUCAACCGAUUUAAAUUCGUUGCUUCAAAGGGAGUCAAACUUGGACCAGCAUUUCUUUUAACAAGACUUACAGGUGGUUCAAUUGUGGGGGACAUGGCUCCUUACCAAGCAUUUUCCGUUGGAGGGCUUGGGAGUGUGCGAGGCUAUGGUGAAGGAGCUGUUGGAUCUGGGAGAUCAUGUUUGGUGGCUAACAGUGAACUGACGCUCCCUUUGACUAAGAUGUUAGAAGGUGCCAUUUUCUUGGAUUGCGGAACAGACUUGCGGACUGGUCAUCUUGUACCUGGAAAUCCAGCCUUGAGGCAAGGUAAACCCGGAUCUGGUGUUGGAUUGGGAUAUGGACUUCGAUUUAAAUCACAGUUUGGUCAUUUCCAAGUUGAUUAUGCCGUUAAUGCGUUUCAGCAGAAAACUCUCUAUUUUGGCCUCAGCAACCUUGCUUCAUGAGAUCCUUAUACCAAGAAGUUGCAGAACUCUAGUGCAUUCCUAUAGUCCACGACUCCACGGAUCCUUUCCUAUUUAUCUGCAGUUCAUCAUAACGUGACAAAGUCCUAUACUCAUAUGGGAGAUGGAAUGGGGAAGCAACAGAAGCUCCAAUAUUUUGUCAUACAAUUCACAGCCUCAUCUAUUGUAUGAACUGCACUCUUUUUUUUUUCUAACUCCACAGUAUAUUUGGCAUGUGGAGAGAGAAAUCUUUGCUAUAUUCUUUUUCUUAUAGUUCAUGAUCGUUGGAAAUUUUAUUGGCAUUUUUGUGAGGCUUGUUUUUGGUAAAUGGGUGCAGAAAGAUUGAUUAUUUUUUGUAAAUUGCCUUCAAUCUAAAGGAGAUAAGAUUGUAUUCUUUUAA